AUGGAGAGGGACGUAAAGAUUUUGGCUAGCGUGAGGUUGCUCGGCUAUGAGCAUGCAAUCUCACCAGUAGAUGGUGUACUUUUUCCAUGGCUUUGUAGCCCUAGUUUAAAAUAAGCAACAUGUUUGUGUCAAUGUAUAACUAUCCUAUAUGUGUUUUUAGGCGGUGAUCCUUUUGGUGGAGGAAAUUCGUUCGGUGGUAUGAACGCAGAAGACAUUUUAAAAUCUUUCUUUGGCGGAAGUAAUGCAGGACCAUUUGGAUCUGCUGGAUCAAAUUUUACCUCUGGUGGUUUUCAGGAAGCUGCACAGGUAACAGCUUGAGUAAAUGCAAUCAAUAAUGAUUUUAUUUUGAUAGAAGAUACGACUGUGUAGUAGAUUUUCAAAUCGAUCCAUAGCUAACGAAACAUAGACGGCAAUUCGUAUUUCCGUAAUCCGCAAAAAUGUAGAGCCUUCUGCGACACUGGCUGGAAGUUCCAUUAUUCCUUUAUCACACUGAAAGCCUGUUGACAGGCUGAAUUCUCUGACAUUAUAGUGACAUAAGCAUCAAGAUCCUUACAAUGAAGAUCAACAAACAAACAUAGCAGACACUUCUGUUGUUGUUAGUUUUAUUACCUGAUAACAACAGAAGUCGGUUUGCCUAAUCCCAGGUUAACGUUGAACCUCAAAGCAAACUUCCCAACAGUUUGUUUAUAAACUUGGAAAUAUUUCUUCAGCAAUCUUGUCUGGAUCAAUAGACGUUUUAUUUUAUGAAAUUUUGAGAUAAACGAACGUGCAAACAUUUCCCGGGGAAAGAUUUUAUCUACGUGGGUUGCUCUAUUAUGCGUUAUUGGUCUAACUAAUGUUGUUUUGGACGAAAGGGCAGGUUGGGGGCCAUUCUUUCGUGUAAGAGAGUUAAAACAGCAAAAUAGAUUGAAUACAUGAACUUUACAAUCUGCGCUGCUUAACACUGAGUAAUACAUUGUCAGAUUGCACUAUGCAGAUUUCUAUGUUUUCUUAAUUACAGUACACUCUUAACCUGUCUUUCAUGGAGGCGGUAAAAGGAGUAAAUAAAGAAAUGUCUGCCCGAACCAGAGUUGCAUGUGAUCGUUGUAGUGGAUCCAGAGCAGAACCUGGCAGUUCAUUUUCAAAAUGUACUUCUUGUAAUGGAUCCGGAGAGGUAUGAUUAUUUUAAUUAUUUUAUCAUUUGCAGAAACCUUCACGACAAGCGUCGAUGCACGACAUAGUUUUUGUAUAUCAUUGCUUUUUGCCUUGUUCACACAACCGUAAAUAACUACUGUUGCAACCUCGCAAGACAGGCUCUCUACUUCCGCUUCUGACUCGUCUCCAGUUGUCUCUGUGUUACUCUGUUUAAAGCGCAGGCGGAAUACCCCGAAUACUCUGUUUCAAGCGUGGGCGGAAGCAGGAAAGAUGGCGGGUGGAAGCAGGAAAGAUGGCGGGUGGAAGCAGGAAAGAUGGCGGGUGGAAGCAGGAAAGAUGGCAGGUGGAAGCAGGAAAGAUGGCGGGUGGAAGCAGGAAAGAUGCUAGCGCGUGUGCUCACCGCCUGCAUGCCCUUGCUACCUUUCCUGCUUCCGCCCGCGCUUGAAACACAGAGACGGCUGGGGACGAGUCAGCGUCCGCUUCCCUACUGUUGAUGUGUCAAUCCUGAACAGCUUUUACGAGAUAGCAUUGAAGUUUGUUUUAACAGGAUUAGUUGCUCAACGAAGGUAAAAGUAUGUUCGAUUAUACUGGCUGUGUACAUGUAGCACUGCCUCUAAAUCAAAUUGGGUGAUAAUAAUUUAGUAAUAUUUUAGAUACUCCCUAAUAAAUAUUACUUUAGCAGCAACAUGUGGAGAUCUUUUAGGGGCUGUUCACAUGAUCCUGCUUGACCAGGAUGAGACAUGAGGCGGGAUGAUUUUGAUGUAUUGAAGUAAGUCACAGUCAAUUCAGCAAAACUACAUUGUUUUCUAUAUAGUGAUAGAUCAUAGUACAAUUGUAAAGAAAGGUUGUUUAAGCAGGAACAAGAAUCUUCUUGAAGUACGAACGAGAUCUUCUCAACAUUUGAGUUAUUUGAACCGGCGUUUGAACUUUCGGUUAAACCUAGUGAUUUAUUUCAACACAUCAAAAUCAUCCCAUCUCCAUCCCGUCCUUGCAAACUGGGAUGAUGUAAACAGCUUGGUAAAGUGGUGAAUUUAUUUUGCCAGGAGACCGUUAGUACAGGUUUCUUCCACAUGCGCUCAACAUGCCGUCGCUGUGGUGGGAGUGGACAUAUUAUCAAAAAUCCUUGUAGGAAAUGUAAUGGAGCUGGAAGUAUGAUGGAAACAAGAAAAAUUACUGUCCCUGUCCCUGCAGGUACAAUACUGUGUAUAAGCCUGUAGAAAAACUAAGUCGUCGUAGGAUUUCCUUCAUUUUAAGAGGAAUAUGUUUCUGAAGAUCAUAAAACCAGGCACACAAAACAAUACCUGAGAAAAAUUGCCUUGGCCCAGCCAAUUAGCAGGAGCACUUUGAGUCGUGUAAUGCAUAUACAAUAGGGGUUCUUUCCACUAGUACGCAUUUUUGGUAUUUUAUUAAUUUAACAAAAUAUUAGUAAGAUUUAGUAAAACAUGCGGCAUGUUUCCCGCCAUCUUGAAAUCACCCUGGUCCUUUUCCCCGGUUGUCCUUUUGCCCCCUUACGUCAUUGAGAUACAGCGGGAGCCCUACAACAGUAUAUACGUUCUAAGCAACUUUUUCCCUUGCAGGAAUUGAAAAUGGUCAGACAGUGAGAAUGCCAAUGGGCGGAGGUGAAAUAUUUAUAACCUUCAAGGUAUACUGGUUUGAAGAGGAAUUUAUUAAACAUUUGUCAUGCCUAUGUUAUAUAAAAUGAAUAAAUGCCAACAUCUCUUGGAAUCAUGAUAAUAUAUAAUUCUCGUUAUUGAAUAAGGUAUAGAACUAUUUUCGCGAUAUUUAAUUAUGAAUAAGUUUCUGGUAUUUUAGGUUGAUAACAGCAAAAUAUUUGAACGCGAUGGAGCGAACGUUCAUUCUACGGCAACAGUUAGUUUUACUCAGGUAAAUAGAAUUAUCGACGAUUUAUUGUCAAAUGCCUUUAUUACAAAAUCUUGGGACCUAUUUUCACGGGGAUGGACUAGAGGCAGGUUUUCAAGAUGGCCGCCAGUUUUUAAGGUCAUUAAAACGUAAAGAAUCAACAACCAGCCACUUGCAGCAGUACUAAACCUUACCCUCACCCCACACCUAACCCUAAUCCUAACCCCCACACUAACCAUAAUACUAACGCAAACCCUUGUUUCAAUUUUGGAACCAUCUCGUACUACCUCUCGUCCUUUUAGACAUUACCCUAUGGCUAAAAUACGAACACGAGAUCACCUGGGUAAUGAGACCAACAGGCUUGACAAGGCUAUUAUUAGAGAGGUUCAGAUUUGAUACCUCUCACUGGCUUAGUCCGCAUUUGAUUGGCCAAUCGGAUAUAUGAAACGCAUUUGAUUGGUUGAUAGUCCUUUAAUGGUAGCGGUAGUGGAAGUCAAAUCUGAACCUCUUUAUUAUGCCAAAGCCGACUAAUUCAUGUGAUAACAUUUCUAUCGGCGAUGAUAAAAGCGCUGUUGAGUAGUCGUUAAGUUAAAUGGUAUAGUGCUCAUAUACAGACAUGUACAAAUACGACUAUCCUGACAUGUCGUUUUCCUAUAGGCAAUUUUAGGAGGCUCUGUGAGAGUACCAGGAUUACAUGGCGAUGUCGAUGUAAAGGUACCAAAAUCACAAGAAUGUUUCUUGCCCCAAAUUCGCUAUGGCUUAUAUUUGGAGUUUUAUAUUAUACCUUUUUAAUUUUAUUAUCUGUUGAACGAAUGCACUAAUUGCACUUCAUCUUCUAUUCAAUAUUCGCUAGUUUUAAACUUAUACUUCUAAUUAUUGUUUAGAUCCCAGCAGGCACUCAAUCACAUCAGAAAGUUCGACUUUCUGGAAAAGGAAUUCCUCGACUGAACAGCAUCGGUAGAGGAGAUCAUAUUGUACACUUUUCAAUACAUAUUCCCAGGUAACACAAAUAUAUUAUAAUCCUAUAUGUCAAGCAAAUGUUGGAAGUACACAUAUUAUUUUAGUGUAACUAGUUUUCCAUUUUACGUAAGACUGUUCAUGCAUUUUGGGCAUUUUGAGCAAUUUGAGGGGAGGUGCGCACCUCCCCUAACAUUUUUGCACUCCCUUGAAAAGACCCAAAUGAUGGAUCAAACUCAAAAUUUGACUUAAUCUUAACAGUUAACUUUAAUGUUUGUUACUAAAUUUUCAGAAUACACUUGUUACAAAGUGUUUCCAUAAAAUUGAAAAGUGAUAUCAUAAUCAAUACAAUGUUUCUGUGGGGUAAGACCGCUGUACCUUUCCACCUCCCCCUCAUUUCCACUAAAAUCCCAACCUCGUACCCAGGGUAUUUUCUCUAACACUGCCAAAAUCCGAUAGUUAGCAGUCUUGAUAUGCGUGCUCUUUGUUGCAAAUUUGUGCCUAAAUGCAAGGGUAGAGAAUGGACAUUUCGAACGUACAAACACCUUCCCAAGAGUUUCCUGCACGUUUAAUAGCAUCUUUUGAUAAAAACAUUGAGGUGUGUUUGAGGUUGUUACGGGUAUAUUUAAAUCAGCAAAAUGGAAAUUGAAAUAGUUUUAAAUGUAUUUAUAUGUAGAUAUUUGACAGAGAAACAAAGAGCGCUGGUCACUGCCUUAGCAGAACUGGAUGAAGAUUUACAAGGAACAGUGAAUGGAGUCAGUGAAAAUGAUAAAACUAAAGGUAAUAGUCCUUUCCGUCAAAAAUAUACGUAGAUCAUCAGGUAAAUAGAAAAAAUAACAUAUGACCAGAACAAAAUUACUGGUAUGCGAAACACCAACGAUCCUUCGCGAAAAAAAACUUUUUAAAAAAGCCAGGGACGAAAGUGACAACUUUGAAAAUUAAAAACAUCAGUUAACAAAAUAUCUGUAUUUGGAGUAUUUUUGGACCGUUGUUUUAAACCGCUUCUGUGAUAUAUACAGUAGCAUCGUAUACGUGUUCAUGAUCGAGAUUGAUUGUGAUAUCUAGCCUGCACUCUGCAGUUUCACCUCAGCAAAUGCAUGUGUCUGUACACAGGUAGUUAAAGUUAAAAUGCUACCAUGCUUUUAUUACUGUAUAGUGGACUGACCGGCUUGAUUUAAGAACAACUUUAAUUAGUUGUAAUAUAGACACUUCCCAAAUUUGCUUGAGUGCAUAACGAAACAAUAGCUUGAAACCGAGGCGGACAAUUUAUUGUAAAUCAGAACUGGAACGGUCUGAGUUAGUGAGACCAGAAAGCUUCGGAUUGAGAGGGAUUCAAGUACGUGAAAUCGACGUUUUGAGCGAAGGCACUUCGUCUGGAUGUUUAGUCAGGAAGUUAAGCCGGUUACAGACGAGCAAGUUUUCUAUGACAAGUUUUUAUGUGACAAGUUUUAUUUGCCAAGUGCACGUGUGUAUAUGCAACAAAUUUUAUAUGACAAGUUUUCAUAUGACAAGUUUUAUUUACUGUUGUGAAUGUGUCAACAAGUUUACUCUGACAAUUUUUUAGUAGCCAGCUGGCCAAUCACAUCAAAUGCUCAGAUUACUUUGACAAGUUUUCUUUGUUGACCCAUACAGACGAACAAAAUUUGUACUUUGACAAUUUUUUCUAUGACAAGUGCACUUGUUCAAAUGCUAGCUUUUGAACAAUUGCACUUGUCAUAGAAAAACUUGUCAAAGUUGCGCGUACAGACAUAAAAUAAAACUUGUCACAUAAAAACUUGUCAUAGAAAACUUGCUCGUCUGUAACUGGCUUUAGGUUACUAACUCCCGGGCCUUUGCUCGAAACGUCCAAGUUUUACUUGUAUUUUUCAGGUAGUUGAAUCAUUUUUCAGUCCGAAGCUUUCUAUUGUAAAUAAGUAGAGCAAAUUCGGGACGUGUCUAUUAUAUACGUUACAACCGGUAUUCAUUUCUUAUAUAAUAUUCGCUUUUCUAAUAACGAAGUUCUUUUUUGGAAUUACUCGGAAACGUUAAUUAUCAGUCGAUCAAAUAUUUCUGACAUGGUUUGGACAGAAGUUGAGUGGAGUUUAGUAGGGUUGCGUUUAACGCUGAAAAAGAUAAAAUUUCAAUAGAACGAGCAUGUUGUAAAAUGACAUUCCUUGCAUUCUAGGCAACUUUGAGGGAUCAUCUUGGGAAACUAUCAGAAAUCGAGCCAAUCAAUUCAGUGAUAAAAUAAAACAAGAUAUGAACAAUGAAAUGCGAAAUGAUUAUUCCGAUGAUAAAGAUGAAAAAAGUGAUAUACUUCAUCAGUCCGAUAAAACAACGAGGACUGCUUUAUUUGUCGCAUUUUUACUUAGUACCGGGAUUUUCGCUGGAAUUUUGUUCUCUGCGAGUAAUGUUUCCGCAACAACCACGUGACUGGAAAUGUUUUUUAUAUAAAAUAUAUAGAAAUUUAAAUAUUAUUGGCAGCUUUAUAUUAUUUAUUGCUCUUGGAAAUACUGUAUCGGUGUGCAUUAUAUUAUUCUGCCUUGCGUAACUGCUUGUAUAUCUUCCACCAUGCAUGCAGCUCCCCACGUGUGAUGACGGGCGUAAAAGAAACAACCAAAUGAAAUAUUAUAGACCGAUUCGAAAAAUAGUUGUCAUUCUUUUUUCUGCCGAAAUUAAUUUUAACCAAGAUAAUCACUGCCGCCAUAUUAUAUAUAGAAAACUUCAAGACUAUCAGUUUUACAAAAUAUAAAUAUAAUAUCAUGUAUUAUCGUCUUUGAGAAAUGAAAUCUUAAAAUACUGGAGUUCCUGCUAGUUUCUGCCUCGUUUUGGUGCUUUCUGCACUUUUUAGAGGGUUAUGGUUUCGCUUGUAUGGAUUAUUUUCAAUCUUAGACUCUUACACUUUGCCUUAAUUAAGCCCCUAAAUAUCAGUCUGUUGAAAAAUUGUUUGUAUAAUAACUACAGUGAAAACACACAAUUUGAUUGGUCAAUAGCCGUGCAGGAUCGGGCUAUCUUGCAUGAGGAAUUAAAAUGCCUUCUCGGGAUUUUCGCGGGUUUCUCAAAAUGUCAUUGUUUCACUGUAGUUAUUUUAUAAAACAAUUACCAAAUGGUUUUCCAAGCAGAAUAGCGUGAUCCAUGCACUUGGGAUGUUGCUCGACUGCGGCUCGAGUAUUUUUACGCUUUCCAAAAGUCUCGCGACAUCCUUCGUGCAUGGAUCACGCAAUCUUGCACGGAAAACCAUUCGGUAUUCCUUUAUUAUUAGCCUGGUUAUGCAUAAAAUAUCAAAUAAUUCAAACUUGCGGCGGCUAGUUUUCAAAUCGGUUAAUAAAAGCGAGAGAAGGAACACAAAAUAUUUUCUUGGCUUUGCUGUACAAGCAACAAAAUCACAUCACACAUUUAUGGUACUAGACAUGCAAACAAUUCCAAAACACAACAUGCUAUGGAUCGUUGGGACUGCUUGCCAAAAAUUAAGUAAUGUGAUUGAUCAUGCGAGAAAUGAUCAGUACGAACUGUCAAAUUGAUAGCAAUUGAUAGCUUGAAUGUAAAUUUCGAAAAGCUGGCCGAUCAUGAUUAGCCAAUGUCCGAGCAACUGCACAGAUGAUCGGACAUUUGUCAGACCGAAGCGAAAUUGUUAUAAUCCACACUGUGUAUGUGAACGAAUGGAUGAGUUAGGAAUGUUUAGAUGAGGGUACAUAUCACCAUAGUUAAUAGAAAUAAACAUGGUUAGGAAGGCCGGUAAACUUGAAAGAAUUUCCUAUUCAAACUUCAACUGAUGUUGAAAUGUAAUUCCGAGUGCACACAUCUUUUGUCUUUCGUUUAUUAAUAUUCAAAUAUUAGGGUUCAGAGAUUGAAACUAAGCUUUUUAUUGGGUAAUCGCCUCAUUAUACAGAAUCCGGGUGCACAAAUUUCCAUAAACUUGGACAAAAACAUAGAACAACGACUUUUGUCAAGCUUCCAAACCAUGUUUAUUUUCUACUAACUAUGAUAUCACUGAUCACUGAUCAUGCAGUGGUACAUACUGUAUACUCAGAGCAUUCAUCACUCGUUCACAUCCAUCAGAAGAAGAAAAUCACACUAUAGAAAUCGCAGCAAAAGUUGCAAGUGUAAACACGGACCUUUAAUAGUAAACAACUUUAUUCAAUUCGUAAAUGGUAUGCCAAACUAUAUUUUAACCAAAAUAACUUCAAAAGAGUAUUUGUACGACGAUGCCACAUGUUUUAUAGAGAUGUUGUAAAAUGUCGCGAAUGAGAAAAGCAAAAUAAAACUAUUUCAAACUGAACUGCAACUAUUUGCUUUUGUUCUGUUCCUCAUUCUGGCUUCGUCUUCUUUCCAAAGGUAAAAUUGGCAACGAUAAUGAUGUUGAGAAAACCAAACAGGAGUUAGGUUGUAGAAAUGGAUGAUGCAACGUACAAACAUUGAGAAGUUCUACACAGACCAACCAAGACAGAUUCAGUCAAUGUAUAAAAGGUUAUAUAUUUUAUUGCGGGUACUUUAUCUCCAAGAAAAAUAACACGUCCAUCAAAGCGUAGAUUUUUUUAUUCGCAAGGAGAGUUACCAAUGAAAUGAUUAAGCUUUUUAUGAAUCUCUUGUCCGUUAGGCUGGUUUGAUUAAAAAACAGUCAAUUGGGAUUGAAUAUGAUUUUUGAAUAGACGCUGAAUAUGAUUUUUUCAUAUCAACAUUAAUGACGUCACUCCGUUGAAUAUUAUGUCAAAAGUCCAUAUUUGGUCAGCUAUUGAGUUGAUAUGACCAUUUCUCAGUUGGCUGUUAACCAAUCAGAAACCAGAACUUAAUAAGGACUGAAAUAAUAAUAUGGAAUAUUUUGGGCAAAAGUUUUAUUACAUGGCAGCCUUGUUCGAUCAUAAUUCAUAAGUAUACGUGUUGGAUUCGCCUAACGUGUCUAAAUACAGUUUUCAAAUAAUCAGUUUGCAGCAGAUAUUGGAAUUGCCUGGAUGUUGCAAGUUAUUAGAAUGUUUUAGUAACAUAUAAUCCGUUGCUGUGGCAACAGCCCGAGCUAUGACAACGCACGUAUGAAACAAUCUAAAAUAGCAUGUUGUUGCUUAAUUUAGGCAACGGAUGUUUAUUUCUUGCAUUACGAAUUUUUCUCACAAAUAUUAAAGGCCGUAGAUAAAAGAGAAAAAAGAUAGAUACAUAAAAUGUUGCUGUUACUCGACGCCUCGGCGUUUCAUUAACUUUGAGUGGGCACGAAAAA